CUGGCUGCACUGCCGACUGGCAGCUGGUGUCUGAGAGGUAAGGGGGCGUGUCUGUGUCCAUACGGGUAUUUACCUCGCAGAGCCUGAGCAGAGGCGGGAAAUGGCGCUCGUUAACAACGGUGUGUCAUUUCGGAGACGGCCAUUGAGGAGAUAAGAUGUCGAAUACAAGCGCUGGCUCUGUUGUGAUGACUCUCGGGUCGUGAGCGCUUAUUAGGAACAACCGCGGAUCACCGUCAACUUUACAUGUGACUGCUACAACGAUGAGGCUGAGAAUGCGAAAGGCGUCUCAGCAGCCGAUCCCCAGUCUGGCCACGCGCCCAUCUCGGACCAAGAGAAGGCAUUCAGAAGUAGAAGAGGACACUCCUACCAGUGGUGGGAGGGGCUUGUUGUCAACAAUCAAAAAGUUCAUCAGAGGAAAUACUGUUAAGCAGGAAAGCCCAGCCAAGAAGGCGCGUCUUCACUGUGAUGUGGACAACAACCUGAUCACCUCAACUCCAGACAGCAACCCUGCCCAUAGGGUUGGCAGAAAAGGCUCCGUCAAUGGAUUGGCAACCAAUCAUAACAGGAGUAAGGAAAAGCCCAAUGGGAGUCUGGGGGAGACAACAGCUGCUGAGGUGCCCACAAGCCCUCCUAGGACAACUCUUCUUGGGACCAUCUUCUCUCCUGUUUUUAACUUCUUCUCACCAACUAAAAAUGCCUCGUCUGGAUCGGACUCUCCAGACCCGGCAUUGGCGGCUGAGGAAAUAGUCAAACAGCUGGAAAUUGAACAAACUGUAGAAACACCCACCAGCACAGCCACAUUUACACAGGAACUAUGUACCACCACUAACUUCUACUCGAGUGUAUCCCAGCUACCGCCUCUGCGACCUCCUCACAUCCCUAAUGCAUACCCUAUAGCAGAGCAGGGAGAGACUGAUGCAGACCUUCCACCCCUCACUGCUCCAGGCUCCAGUCCAGAUAUGACAUACAUCAAUCCUUCUCAUACUGCAGUACCACCAGAAGCAUCCUAUGAAGAAGACUGGGAAGUCUUUGACCCGUAUUUCUUCAUCAAGCAUGUCCCUCCAUUAACAGAAGAGCAGCUCACUCGGAAACCAGCUCUUCCACUGAAGACUCGUAGCACACCUGAAUUCUCUCUGGUCCUUGAUUUGGAUGAAACACUGGUUCACUGCAGUUUAAAUGAGCUGGAGGAUGCAGCCCUUACCUUCCCUGUACUCUUUCAGGAUGUCAUUUACCAGGUAUAUGUGCGCUUGAGACCCUUUUUUAGGGAGUUUUUGGAACGCAUGUCUCAAAUCUAUGAGAUCAUCCUUUUUACAGCCUCUAAAAAGGUGUAUGCGGACAAACUGCUCAACAUCUUAGACCCUAAGAAGCAGUUAGUGAGACACAGGUUGUUUCGGGAGCAUUGUGUCUGUGUCCAAGGAAACUACAUCAAGGAUCUCAACAUUCUCGGCAGAGAUCUGUCAAAGACCAUCAUCAUUGACAAUUCACCACAAGCCUUUGCAUACCAGUUGUCCAAUGGAAUUCCCAUCGAGAGCUGGUUCAUGGACAGGAAUGACAAUGAGCUGCUGAAGUUGGUGCCCUUCCUUGAGAAGCUGGUUGAGAUGGAUGAGGAUGUGCGGCCGCAUGUUCGGGAGAGGUUUCGUCUUCAUGACAUGUUGCCUCCUGACUGAACUCCAUUGUCUCCGAUGGGUUUAGCAAGGAAGGACUGAAAACCAUAUUUGUAAAAAGCCGCUUAAAACAACAUUACCAUUGCUUAAUUGUUUUUGUUUUUUAAACCCCACUGUUGCUUUGGGGGAAAAAAAUACUGUUCAGAAGAAAAUUGUUUUGAAAUAACUAGGUGAAAUUUUAUAUAUGUACACAUGUAAAGAUACACUUAGAAGUCCACUUUUUGUUGGACUCUCCAGCUGUGGAGUGGGCUGUUGUCUCCACACUAAAUCAGCGUUUUUGGUGCUUGCUUAGUGGCUCUAAAACACCACCUGUUAAGAACUCUAACCUGAGGCGUUGAACCCAAACCCACCCCAGGUGCUGAAGCUGUUGACACUUCAGUUUCCGCAGGAAAGACUGGCUUGUAAAUCAAUCUCCAUUUGUGUUUACUCUUUGCCACUCACACAAACUCGGUAAUUUAGUGGUUGGCAAACUUUGUAGCCUUUUCAAUCUUAUGCAUUCCGCUGUAGGUGAAUCAAGGUUGUAUUGUUCCUUUUGUUUAGGUAAACCAAUUUUUGUUUUUGUUUUAAAUGAGUUUUUCCAGGUGUUUUAUCAUUGAAGUGUUUUGAAAGCGGUAUUAAAAAAAAAAAAUUAACGGUCAAGUUGGCAAAUAAAACAGCACAGUAUGUUCUCAGAGACAUAAAUCAAAGGCUUGACCUCACUUUGGACUGAGGCUCUUUUUAGAAUGGGUAUAAGACAUGUAAAUCUGACAUACUGUAAGGCUUGAGGGCAUUUGUGUUUUAAGUGAUAUGUGUCAACAUUACAGUAUUUGAUUUGUCAAUCAGUAUUGUCUUUUACUAGUUUUCUGACUCAAUCACAGCCAGUCUUUCAGUUGUAAACUGCAAUUUGAUGGCUAUCAAUAGCAUAAUGACAAUGUAGCACGGCCAGUGUCUCCUGACAUCCAGUCACAACCUCAACCAGCCACAUAUGGCACCAGCAACAUGCUUUUCUCUGUCAGCCUCGCUGACCACCCUGUAUGCCUGUACAGUACAUGGACACUGUUUCUGCUGAACAUUUUCACCAGUGAGACAGGACAGUUGUGCAGGGUAGAGGUGCUUGACACACUUGGCAAGCUGCGUUGGGUUGACCCAACCGCUUACUAUAGUCUCCCGAUAACUGGUUGGUUAAUAUUUUGCUGUAAGUUUGUAUCAAAGCGUUCCCUCCCCUUUUUUUUUUUAAAUAUAUAUAUUGGCACAAAUAUGGCUCUUGGUCUGCGUUGCUUAUACUGUGCCAUGUGAUUUUCUCUGCUUGUAGCAUUCUUGUGUUGUCCCCCUUUGUGGUUAGAUAGAAAAAGACAAUCAGACCCCAGAGUUCUGCAGAGCACCAUUAAUUUCUGCACGUUAUGUGCAGUAUGGGUUGUGUACUUGCAUUCAUUUGUGUCCAGUGUGUUAGAUUUGCCAGAUGAAUCUUGCUCUGCUUGUUUUGGCCAAACAAUCUCUGCUGUUGAAGGCUGGAAAUUAUCAGAGAUGGUUACCAUCUGUUAGGCACCUGCCCCUUUUUGCCUUUUGCAUCACAUGUUUGUAGCGCUCCAGGAAUUAGAUUGAGCUUGUGUUUCUCCUACAAAUGUUCCAGGGCGCAAGGAGAUUUACUUUUACUGUUGAGUGUCCACGUCCACGCGAUGAAUGUAAAUUGUGCAUGGGUGGAAGUCGCAGGUGUUUCUUCCUCAUACUUUAGAACAAAUAUUCAGAGGCAAGUGAAGGUUUGAACUGUUGGAGAUAAAGAUGAACCUUGAGACCCCACCAUGGUGCUCUGAUAUCCCCAUGUUUUUUUUUUUUUUUUUUUCUUUUGCGCCAACUUCUAGUAUGCAAGCCUCACUAAGAGUUUCAGUUUGUGUGACAGUUGUUUGAAUGUGUCACAGUGGUUUCUGGAGGAUCUGUGAGAGGCAUUUGAUGCAUUUCAUCCAGCUCCUUUUUAUGUGCAUUACCAGUUUAUUGUACACUAAGUGUGGUACAAUACAUGCAGCCUUUUUUAAAAAUCCUUAAAAUAAGGAAACCUUUUGUAUCUUUGAUUUUAAAAAGGCAUGUCAUAUCUACUUUUAAAAUGUAUUCAUGAUUAACUUCAGAUUUCUUUUCAUAAAUAUUUGUAGUUUAGCACAAUGUCACAAAUUGUUAAACUUAGCAUGUAGAGGAUACAGUUUGUUUUGUGGAAAAAGUCCCGAGUUAAGUUUUAAUCAACGCACUUUUUCUGCCAAGUAGUCUUUCUGAAGAGUAAUCGUGUUGAUUUUAUUUUUUACCCUCGCAACUCUCAGUAUCUGUUAUACUUGUAAGAAUGAAUUGUGCAAAAGAUGUAUUUAAAAUGUUUUAAUACAUCUUUGUUCGCCGCUAGGCUAUGUACUAUUGUAAAGUGUAAAUACUGUUACAAUGACUUUCUGAAUUCUGAAACAAAGUUUUAAAGUGAAAACUU